AUGGCUCCAGCUGAAAAGCACGCAUCAACUGAAUCGGAUUCUGAUGCCCCAUUGGCCAAGAAGAGAGCAACAACUAACUCAACCCCAGCUACAAGCCCAGGCCCUUCAAAGCCACGGAAUCCCGUGAUUGACGACCUCUCGGCAAGGUACCCCACUGUUGAGAAAUUGGAGGAGCACAUAAAAUCUCUAUCCCGCUCUGCUCUGGAGGCGCUGAUACUUUCGGGCGCAUUUCCUGAGGCUACUUCAGAACUACGCCAUUGCGUGUAUUGUCAUAAAACAUUCCAUGCAUCUGAUAAUCCUCUAGGGAACUGUGUCGUUGAGCACUUCAUUCGUGAGUGCAAGCCGAUUGAUGAAGACGUGAGCGAAUGGCAGUGUUGUGGUCAACGGUGGGAUAAUAUAGACAACGAUGAUUGGAUGGAAAGCGCCGAGGAUAUGUUCCCCCAUUGCUAUGUGGGGUGUCACUGGGAGGAGGAAAUCACGACGGACGAUGAAGAGGAGGUGGAGGAACAUAACCAGGCAGAUUAUAUGGUUGACAGUGAACCUAGGAUAGAGAAGAAGCCGGUGUGGUGGAGAGUAUGGAAGAGUCGUGGAAACACAUGUGAAAAGAUGGGAUGUAAGGAGAACUUGGCUGGGUAG